GAACUGUACAUUUAAACAGAAUAAAGAUCUUUUUUGUUCGACGGCGGACUGGCAUGAGCGCUAGAGGUCCCCUCUUCGCUCACGGCUCCGGAGUUGGGUGUAGGGAGAAGUUCGAGCGCCUUUCUGCUGCCGGGAGAGGGACGAGUCCUCGGGGGGAAAAUUGGCAACAAAAUGUUGAGUGAGCUCAAGCACAGGAGGAAAGCCGCAGGUGGCAGCAGGCAAGACGAUUCAGCGAGGGAGCAGGAUGCGAAAGCGGAGCCGGAAUCCGACACUGGGCCGGCCAGGGAAGACAGCCGGACGAUAGACGUGAGGAGCGCCCUGUGUCUGCUCUCGCUGUUUGCCAGCGCGGCGCUCGCAGGGGUUAUGUUUCAGCAGUCAGCUAACUUUGUUGAUCUGGAGCAGAAGUACCAGCAACUCUAUACGAAACUUCAAGUUACCCAGGCCUUGGAAGAUGAAGUUAGCAAAGUUUCAAAAAAGCUGGAAUUAUCAGAAGAAGUCCUGCAGAAAGCCCUGUCAUCUAGCUCGGUCGUGACUUUCUUUGAACAGGAGAUGUCAGAGCUGCGUGGCAGUAUGAAUAGUUUACAAAAUAAAGAACAGACAAUAGCAAGAAAAAUGCAGAAUGUCAACAAAAACUUCCAAAAUAUUUCAGAUACAUGGAAACAAAGCUUAAAUGAAAUAAACAGCGAGAUUGCAAACCUGAAGUCAGAGUCAAAGAACAUGCACAAUAACAUUAAAUUGGAAAUUAAUACUGUCGAACAAGGCAUGAAGGAACUCAACGAAAAGAUGGAAGAAUUAGAAGUUAGUACUUUGGGAAAUACAAGAGCAAUCAAAGAACAAGAGGAAGAAGAUUUGGGUGGCCUGGACAAACAAGCAAGCUGGAAUACAAAGAGUAUCGAGGGCCUAGCUGAUCAACAGAGGAAUUUGAUCUCAAAGGAUAUGGAGUUCAUGGAAAAACUGACUGAAUUUGAAGCAAAGUUUAAGGAAUGCGAAGAAGCACUUCCAAUAAUAGAUAAUGGUGUCCACUCUGUCCUCAAGGUGUCCAGAGACCUUAUAACUACAGAAAAGAAAAUGGAUGACAUGACCGUUCAGAUGUUUAAUUUGGAAGACAAUAUGCUAAAAGUCAUAACUGAGAUACUAGAUAUGAAAAAACAACUGGAAGUAUUGCAGUCUGACUCUGCUUCUUAAAGCUCAAUAAUGCUGUGAAGGAUUCUCAUGGAAUGUAACAAGAUGUGAGAAAGAAGAAUCAUUCCACAGUUAAAUUUAAUGUUGCACUUUGAGCAGGAAAGCGAUAUUCUAUUAAUACAAACUCAAUCAUCUUUGCUAUGUGCUGUUAGAUAGACAUCAUCUGCUGAUAACUGAAAGGACAAACUAUUCCCGUUUUCCAGAAGAUGAACUACAUUAUAUUCCAUGUUUGCUUAUAGUACAAAUGAAGAUUGCACCCAACUUCUGCAAAUAAUCAACAGGAGACAGUAUUGAUGUUCAUUGUCUUUGAACCCCUGAUCAAAGAUCAUGCGGUCAUUAAGGUUUUGAAUUAUUUUAGCAUUUUGAUUGAGAAACAUUACGGUUGAAGAUUAUGGACAUGAAUGGUUGACUGCUUCACUUUCCGCAGUUGCUAUCUAUCAGACCUGCUUAUUUACAGAAAAGUUUGUUUUGGGGAAAGAAUGCGAAAGGCAUGUUGCAUAUAAUAAUGGACGGAUGGCUGCAGUGAGUCAGAACUACUAUGAUUAACACAUCCUUGUGGUGCACUUUAGGCCACUUGUUGUUUCACUUCAAGUGUUAGCUGCUCCACACAAGUAAUUGACAAAAAUGCUUUCACACACAUUGAAAAGUGUGAGGAAUGACCUGGUAUUUGGACGAUUUAAAUGCCAGGCCGGGCGGAUUGAAAAGGCAGGUUGUUGGGACCAGAUGUGAGGGUCGGGCUGGGGUUCUGCUUGCUGCUCAGUGACGUUUACUCAGCUCUGCGCUGAACUGAGGCUGAAGCUGUGGCCUACUCUGGGCUUCAUGUCUACGGACUCACUUUUGUUCUGAAUGCUAUUUGCUUAUUUUUAUUGUUUGUAUGAUUUGAUUUUUCUCUCUGCACAUUGGGUCCAUUUUUAUGGGUUCUUUUGGGCUACUUUGUUGUGGCUGCCUGUAAGGAGACAAAUCUCAAGGUUGUAUAAUGUAUACAGAUUUUGAUAAUAAAUGUGCUUUGAACUUUGAUCAGUAUCAGUGAUGAUGUUCUUCCAUUUCAAUGUUAUAUGCCUUUUUAACUCAUAACUCACUUGAAAUUGCAAGCUUUCACACAACA